CCGACGCCAGGACGACUUUGAGAACAUUGAGAGACGGGUUUGCAGCCGGCUUGCAACGUGAGGAACCCCCCGUCGCCAACAUGGUCAAAUCUUACCUCAAAUUCGAGCCCUCCAAUUCCUUCGGCGUCGUCGCGUCCAGCAACUCGAACAUCGUCUGGUCGAGCCGGGGAAAGGCGGGCACCGGCGCCGGCCAGGCCAUCGCCGCUGCCAAUGAGGAGGUUUUUGUGUGGGACAUCAAGAAGGGCGAGCUGCUCGCCCGCUGGAAGGAUGAGAACUGCCGCGCAAAGGUGACGGCCAUCGCUCAGAGCAGGACAGACCCGGACGUGUUCGCUGUGGGCUACGAGGAUGGCAGCAUCCGCGUCUGGGACAGCAAGAUUGCCACUUCGGUCGUGAGCUUCAACGGCCACAAGUCGGCCAUCGUAGUUCUAGCCUUCGACAAGACGGGCGUGCGCCUCGCGAGCGGCGCGAAAGACACCGAUGUUAUUAUUUGGGAUCUCGUCGCCGAGGUUGGCCAGUACAAGCUGCGCGGGCACAAGGAUCAGAUCACGGGGCUGCACUUUGUCGAGCCGGAUCCGGUAAUGCAGGGCGAGGGCGACGAAGGGCAGCCACUGAUGGCCGUGGACACGGAGGCGGCCGAGGGGUUCCUCUUGACGACAGGGAAGGACGCUCUGAUUAAGCUUUGGGACCUUGCUUCGCGCCACUGCAUUGAGACACACGUUGCGCAGACCAACGGCGAGUGCUGGGCCUUGGGUGUGACCCCCGACUGUAGCGGCUGCGUUACCGCGGGCAACGACGGCGAGAUGACAGUGUGGGCCCUAGACGUGGCUGCUCUCGCCUCUUCUGCGCAGCAGGUCGACCUUUCACAAUCCAUCAACUUCCUCCGGGAUCGGGGAACGUUACACCGCCAGAGCAAGGAGAGAGCCGUCGAAGUCAUUUUUCACCCACGGCGUGACUACUUUGCGGUACACGGAGUAGAGAAGUCGGUUGAGAUUUGGAGGAUACGAAACGAGGCAGAAAUUAAGAAGAGCCUGGCCAGGAAAAAGAAGAGGAGGAGGGAGAAGCUGAAGGAAAAGAAGGCGGAUAGGGAGCUUGAGGUGGACGAUGCCGACGACAAGGCCGACGAUAUCACCAAAGCCGACAUUUCCGACGUGAUUGUGCAGCACGUCAUUGUCAGGACGGCGGGCAAGGUCCGGUCGAUCGACUGGGCCACGAACCAGGGGAACAAAGACAUGCAACUGCUCGUCGGGUCAACAAACAACCUACUCGAGUUGUACACGAUCAUUGGAAAGGACAAGCUUGAGUCAAAGGGCGACGCUCCUGAUUACAACAAGGCGUUGGCUGUAGAGCUACCUGGGCACCGGACAGACAUCCGUUCACUGGCAAUCAGCUCCGACGACAAGAUGUUGGCGUCUGCCGCGAAUGGUUCGCUGAAGAUUUGGAAUAUCAAGACAGAGACAUGUGUGCGGACCUUUGAGUGUGGCUAUGCGCUCUGCUGCGCGUUUUUGCCCGGCGACAAGGUCGUGGUAGUGGGCACCAAAGAGGGGGAGCUCCAGCUGUACGAUGUCGCCUCGGCAACACUACUCGAGACAGUUAAUGCGCACGAGGGCCAUGCCAUCUGGUCUCUGCAGGUACACCCAGAUGGUAAGUCGGUCGUGUCUGGCGGCGCAGACAAGACUGCCAAGUUCUGGGACUUCAAGAUCGUUCAAGAACAAGUCCUUGGUUCGACCAGGACAACCCCCAAGCUCAAGCUUGUGCAGGCGAGGAUACUCAAGGUGUCUGACGACAUCCUCAGCCUGCGCUUCUCCCCGGAUGCCAAGCUUUUGGCCGUUGCCCUACUCGACAGCACCGUCAAGGUGUUCUUCGUCGACACUCUCAAACUUUACCUCAACCUCUACGGCCACAAGCUGCCCGUGCUCAGCAUGGACAUCUCGUAUGACAGCAAGCUCAUCGUGACCAGCUCGGCUGAUAAGAACAUUCGGAUAUGGGGCCUUGACUUCGGCGAUUGCCACAAGGCCUUGUUUGGCCACCAAGACAGCAUCCUGCAGGUCGUCUUCAUCCCACACAACUCGGACGGCAACGGUCACCACUUCUUCAGCGCCAGCAAGGACCGCACCAUUAAGUACUGGGACGCCGACAAGUUCGAACAGAUCCAGCGCAUCGACGGCCACCACGGCGAGAUCUGGGCGCUCGCUGUCAGCCACAGCGGCACGACCCUUAUCAGCGCUAGCCACGACAAGAGCAUCCGCGUCUGGCAAGAAACCGACGAGCAAAUCUUCCUCGAAGAGGAGCGCGAAAAGGAGCUCGAAGAACUCUACGAAUCCACUCUCACCACCUCCCUCGAGCAAGACCCCGACUCGCAGGACGCCGACCGCGAAGUCGCCGCCGCCUCCAAGCAAACCGUCGAGACCCUCAUGGCAGGCGAGCGUAUCGCCGAGGCUCUCGAGCUCGGCAUGGCCGACCUGAACACCCUCCGCGAGUGGGAAGAAGCCAAGCAGUCCAACCCGUCGGUCGCUCCGCCGCAGCGCAACCCAAUCUUCCUCGCGCUCGGCAACAUCCCCGCCGAGACGUACGUGCUCAACACGCUGCAAAAAAUAAAGCCCUCGGCCCUGCACGACGCCCUUCUGGUCCUCCCCUUCUCGGCCGUGCCCAUGCUCUUUACCUUCCUCAACCUGUUCGCCCUGCGCGAGAUGAACGUGCCGCUGACCUGUCGCAUUUUGUUCUUCAUGCUCAAGACGCACCACAAGCAGGUCGUCGCGAGCAGGACCAUGCGCGCCAUGCUCGAGGGCAUCCGGACCAAUCUGAGGAGGGCGCUGCGGCGGCAGAAGGACGAGAUGGGCUACAACAUUGCUGCGCUGCGGGUCGUGGGCAUGCAGAUCAGGGAGAGGAGCGUCAGGGAGUACGUGGAUGAGAAUUGGGAAGCGGAAAAUGGUGCCGAGCAGGGGACCAGGAAGAGGGCUUUUGUGCAUGUUUCGUAGUGUGCGGUGUGCAUUGCAAGAUGAAUGCGUGGAAUGUAUGGGGCUGUUGGGUGGCGGUGUAGGAUUGAGAGAUUUUCGGGUGUUGUAUUGGAGUACAUGUCUGCCUGCAGAAAGAGCCAAGAACAGCCAUAUCUGGAAGUUUGGGCCCCAAGGAGUCAUGAUUCGAUCUAUUGUUCAAUCUCUAAAGGGCACGCCGCGGUGUGAUACAGGCAGUGACGCUAACGAACUAAAAGAUUCCAUAGCUACGAUGCGUGGAAGGCUUGGAUGCUGGCAGGAUUAUUGCCUGGUGGAUGGUUGAAGUAAACAAACCCCUGACAUCGUUAAACAUCCUGAAAGUGUUUUCAGAAGGAUAAAUCAUGUUCAAAUUAACAAUGCUCCG